CUUGAAUAAGUCAAAAAAAAAGAAAAAAGAGUUUCUGUUUCUUCUUAUCUCGUUCAUGUUGGUUGUGGUUUUUGUGCUUUAUUGUGAAUUUGUUAUUAAAAAAACUAUUAAUUCUAGAAUUUUUACACAUAGGAAUUCCGCACAGUACCAGCUCUGCUGAAUUUAUGAUCCCUUUUUGUUGAUUACCGAACCGCCUUUUAUAACGAAUCGCCUACUGCGAUGUUCGGUAAUCUCAACAAACCAGCCUUUGGAACAUCUACCCCGAGUACAUCGUUCGGUUUCGGAGCUUCUACUCCGAACACAACAAACCCGUUUGGGCAGAAUCAAAUUUUCGGCAAGCCUGCGGGCGGUUUCGGCAGCCCUUCGACAUCCGCAUUCGGGCAACCGACCAAUUCUCUGUUUCCCUCCACUCAACCGCAGUCUACGGGCCUAUUUCAAAAUGCUAACACAGGAUUCGGUACUGCCGUAUCAACUCAAUCGGGAUUUGGUAAGUCUGUGCUAACUAACCUAAAAAUCCCUGAAGCAAAACAUUCUAAAGAAUCGUUAACUUCUGUUGUAUUAGGAGCAUUUUUACCAAUUCACGAAAUAUAUGCAAUAUUAAUCAUGUAUGGAAUUUUAGGAACAACAAACCUAUUUGGACAACAACAGCAACAACAGCCAACCACAGGUGUGCUAUUCAAUACGACUUCGACGUUCGGCCAGCAAAAUAAGCCGACGGGUUUCGGGUUCGGUACGCAGGCUACUCAGCCCGGUUUGUUCGGACAAACGCAGCAGCAGCAACAGCAACCGACGAGCCUUUUCCAACCCGCUGCUAAUAAUCUAUUCGGCGCAUCUAACGCUUUCGGGCAGCAAUCUACCGGAACGGGAACCGUAAAGUUCAAUCCCGUCACCGGUACAGAUACUAUGUUGAAAAACGGCGUUGCGACCAGCAUCAAUACCAAACAUCAUAGUAUCACCUGUAUGAAGGAGUACGAGAAUAAAUCGUUUGAAGAAUUGAGGUUUGAAGAUUACGCUGCAAACAGAAAAGGACCUCAAAAUACGUUAUUUUCAGGCCCUCAACAGCAAACCGGUUUCGGUACGACUCCUUUCGGAGGUGCAUCAACAGCCCCAACAAUGUUUGGACAAACUGACGCUUCUAAAACGGGCUUUACCGGUUUCGGACAACAAUCUACUCCUGCUUUUGGACAAAACACCGGAUUUGGUCAACAACAAAGUAGUAGUUUAUUUGGAAAACCUGCUACCGGAUUUGGUACCACUACUAGUCAGUCGAACCUUGGUUUCGGUUUUAACAACAACAAUACGCAAGCUGGUAUUAUGUCGUUUGGUGCUAAUCAACAACCAAAGGCGUUUGGAACUUCAGCUCCCUCUAUAUUUGGAGCCAAUACUGCUACUACACAGUCUACAGGUUUCGGUGGAGGAGGGUUAUUUGGUCAAACAAAUACACAGAAUACCGGCGUGUCUCUGUUUGGGAAACCGGCUCAACCGGCCCAACCUGGUUUCGGUACGUCGCAAAAUAACGCCUUUUCGUUCUCAACGACAACAUCGACUCAAGCUUCGAGUUUGUUUCAACCGGCCAAACCGUUGUUUGGUCAAUCAACGACAACGCCAGCGUUUGGGCAAACCAACACCUUCGGAACCGGCGGUUUUGGUAAUACCUUUGGGAAACCAGUCGCACCGGCUUUUGGUGCGACAACUACGCCCGCUUUCGGUACCACCUUGGGCGGUGGUUUACAACCGCAAAAUACUUCUUUAUUUGGAAAUACCGCAGCCAAACCAGGAGGACUCUUUACCAAUAACAGCGCAACUGGCCUUUUUAAUAAUACAAAUACUUCUUUCCAACCGAACACAGGUUUUAAUCUCGGUCAAACACAACCCGCACAACAAUCGAUGUUUCCAUCUGGUGAUCAACAGCUAUCCACAAAUCUGGCGUUGUUAACAGCUGAUCCAUUCGGUGAUGCUCCCCAUUUAGCGGGUCUCGAACCUAAAUUGAAGAACAAUUCGCCAAAUGUAUCGGUAACGAAUCCGAAAGAACUGAAAUCCUUAUUAGACGGUUACAAGACUGCCGACGAUACGCAUAUUUCGAAACCCAAAAUUAUCCCCAUCAGGAGUACACGAGACAAUCUAUUCGACAGCGUUUCUCCUACACUCCACAGUGAUAAUAAUUCCAAGGAAUACGUCAAGACGAAUUGUAGAAGAUUGAUUUUAAAGAACCGUACGAGUAGCGGUGCAUCUGGUCAAUCUCCCGGUAUAAUGAAAAUGGAUAUAUUAAAGCAAAUCAUGAACUCGCCUACGAACGAUGAAAAUUUAAAUCCCGUUACCAACACCUCAGAUCUAAAUGUACAAUCGGAAAUUAAAAAGUCGCCUCUAAAAUUAAGUUUCGAUAAUACGUUGAACGAGGAUUCUGCUACUCAAGCUGGAUCAUUUAAUUCCCAACCUUCCUAUUGCAUAGACAAUUCUUUAAUUAAUAAACAUAGCAUUUCGAUUGAAAAAAAUCCAAAAAAGUCGACCGUAGACGCAGAAGUUGAAACCGAUAUAAAUGAUUUGAAUGCAAUGGGCGACAGCCUGUCGCGACAUCCUUGCCAUAUCAUUUGUACCAGACCGGAAUAUUACACUCUACCCAGCCUGGACGAAUUGGCUAAUUACAUCGAGGAGCCCGGUCGAUGCAUCGUAAAAGGUUUCACGAUAGGCAGAAAGGGAUACGGGAACGUUUAUUUCCCCGACGAAAUGGACGUUUACGGCCUCAACAUCGACGAGUUGGUGCAUUUUAGAUACAGAGAAAUAAACGUUUAUCCCGACGACGAGAAAAAACCACCCGUUGGACAGGGUUUAAAUCGCAAGGCUCAAGUGACCCUGGACAACGUCUACCCGAAACAAUCCAACAGCCACGCGCUCGUCACGGACGUUAACGAAUUGCUCAAGAUCAAUUUCGCCGAAAAGCUACGUAGGAUUACCAUGAACAAGAACGCCAAGUUCGUCGAUUAUCGACCCGAAACGGGCUCUUGGGUGUUCAAAGUGGAGCAUUUCUCCAAAUACGGCUUCGACGAUAACGACGAGGAAACCGUUCAAAAGACCGGUCAAGAUGGAGGCGGCGACAAGAAAUUGGAAACUACCAAAAAAGCGGAUGUCGCUUUACAAGCGAAAGUAACUACAGAUAAACCUGCUGAGAAGGAAGCAGUAACUCAAUCUUUAACUAAAGAGUUGGAAACUUACGGUAUAGAUGAUGAAAUAUUCAUGGAAGAUGAUACUCGAUAUCGAGCCGAAGCUGACGUUCUACGCACUUCGAUGUUCGUCGAUAUCUCGGAUGAUGAUUAUAAUUUACCAUCGGAACUACCUCUACAUCAUCACGACUACACUACCAGCAAGAACAUACAAGUGAUGAAGUCUACGUUGUUUGCCGACGAUGAUAGAUCGUCGGACGGGGGCGGCAGCCACAUUUCCAUAAUCAGGCAAUACUUGGAUAUUCCCGAUGAAAUUCGUGCGUUGCCGAUGAUAACCGAGGAAGUUAGCAUUAGGAGGAAGGUGAUAUUGAGACCGAAAGUUGAGAAAGUUUACAACGUCAAUGAAAAAGAGCUUGGCGCGAAUUUGAAGCAGAUGAGGAGCUACCAAGAUUUGGCGCUGUUUAAAGGAAAAUCGUUCAAAGUCGGAUGGUCGAAGGGAUUCAGAUUUUACAAUGUUGUUCAGAAGCAAGAGGGCGGCACUGAAUUGGUACUUAGCGACAUUCGAUGCGGAUCCGCUAAAAAAUUCGAACCGAAAGAAGAAAUCUUAAAAGACUCUUUGGAGAUUGUAUUAGAAGAAAGUACGUUUACCUUAGAUUUGAACCAAAUACCAACUUACAAGAUUAUAAAAAACCACUCUUAUUUGAAAAAGCAAAUGAAGCUGUUUGAAAAAUUGUUGAAAGAAUACGACAACAAGGAAACUCGAUACUUGCAUAGCAUAUGGACGUUAGCCGAUGCUCUGUGGGGCCCCACCGAGAAUACCCCUUGGAAUAGGCGACAUCUUCUAAGCGAAUGGUUGAAAUUCAACACCGAUUACGAAUCGAUCGACUCCAACGAUUCCAUCAAAACCAUCUUCGACAAGCUGUCGAUACAUCGCAUAAACGAAGCUGCCAGCAUCGCUUUGGAGAAACGCCAUCCCAAUCUGGCGUUGAUUAUAUCCCAAUUGAGCGUGACCAACAACACGAAGCUGUUCCUGCAGGAGCAAAUCGAAAAUUGGUACAAAUCCAUGACGUCCCAGCACAUCGGCGACACCACCAAGAAGAUUUACCUGCUGUUGGCCGGCACUCCGAUCAGGGACGAAGUGAACAUCUUCGAGGACAUCGAUUGGAAGCGGGCGCUCGGCAUGCACCUGUGGUACGUGUCGCCCGUAGGGGCCCCCAUCGAAAUGGUCAUAGAGAUGUACAAGAAAGCCUUCGAGGAGUACACGUACGCAUCGUCGCCCAAUCCGCCUUACAGGACAACGUACGAAGAGGACGGUUCGUUCGAUUUGCUCUUCCACAUUUUGAUGUUGUAUUAUUCGAAAGCCCACAGACUGAGCACGGUGUUGGAUUCGUCCACGCAUACCGAUGAUUAUUUAGAUUACUGGCUCGGCUGGCUGUUACUGCAACUGUUCACGUCCCUGGACGUGGGUAUAAUGGAGGACUCGGAAAAGGUAAAAUUGUGCACGAGUUUCUCCAAUCAGUUGGAGUCGCUGGGCGAGUGGGAGUGGGCGAUAUUCGUGUUGCUCCAUCUCGAAGACGAUUCGAUCAAGCGGAACCUCGUCUUGGGCAUUUUGGAUCGCAAUUUGUCAUGCGACGUGAAUAAAUCUACGAUUAAAGUGGAGAAUAAUUUGGUGAAUAAGAUGCGCGUGCCGUCCGAAUGGAUUCACAGCGUUAAAGGCGACAAGGCCCUUUCGAAUGAGAAAUAUUUCCAGGCGUUCAAUCACUUCGCUCAAGCCAAGGAUUAUUGCAAGGCGAACGAUAUUCUCGUGGAGCAUUUGUUGCCGGUGCUAUUCGUUAACGAGCAAUACGAUAUAAUUAAAGUUCUGAUAAGCGAAAUCGAGGAAGGUAGCAACGAUAUCGAACGUUGGAAUAACGAGGCUGGGCUGUUUCGGGAUUUCAUCGAGCUGCAGGAGAAAUACGUUACUUCAGAUGAUAAUUUAAGGAUACAGAUGAGCUUGCAGUCGAUUGGUAAUAGAAUAACGUCGUUCGUUUCGAGCAAUAAUCACCAGAAGCUUUGUCUGGCAGAAAUGUCGAAGAGAUGCUGUGCGAUUUACAAGGAAUUUUGCAGGAAGACUCAUUACAGUGCGUUCAAAAAUUCCUAUUUAGAAUUCAUCGAGAAUUUGAAUAUGCCGCCGGAUUUUAAGCAAAUCGAAGCGCUUUACGCUAUUAACGAGAUAAAGUGAAUACAUAUUAUAUUGUUUAAUGGUAAUUUCUGUUUGUUUGUGAAUAGCUAGAAAUGUUUAUAUAUUUUUUCAAGUCAUAUACAUGUUUUGUUAUUAAAGCAAUACCUCUGGAAUCUGAUUAAAUAUAAAUGAAUUUAUAGCUAUAGCUGAAUAUUACAUAGUUGGAAAUGUGAAAACAUAAAAAAGUAUUUAAAGUAAUAAAAUGUUUCAUAUAUGAUUUUUUGUAUUAAUUUUAAGUGUAUAAAGUUAGUUUUUGUUACUAGGUAUUUUUAAG